UGCUAAGCGUUGACCAUUCUAUAGUCUCUUCGCUCCUCCUCUUCUUCUUCUUCAACAGUCGCCCCAACCUUUUGAAAUUUCUUUCUUGGUUCGUCAACCGAUGGCUUCCAAUAACGCCCGGUUCGAUGCUCAAUCCGCCGCCGAGAAAGCAGUAUCGGUGAUCGGAUUAGGCUACGAUCUCACCUCCGAUAUCCGUCUCUCCGCUUGUAAAUCCACACCCGACGGAUCCAGCCUUCUCAAAAUUGACCCGACAGGGAACAGAGACCUGUUUUUCCCCGGAGGGAUGGUCGUCAACAACGUCUCGAGCUCCAUCAAGUGCGAUAAAGGCGAACGCACUCGUCUCCGCUCCGAUUUGCUGUCUUUUAACCAGAUGUCGGAGAAAUUCAAUCAAGAUAUGUCUCUGUUGGGGAAGAUUCCAUCGGGGAUGUUUAAUGCCAUGUUCGAAUUAAGACAAGGUUGGCAAAAAGAUGCGAACUCUGUGAAGACGCUUGCUUAUGAUGGUUGGUUUAUCAGCUUGUUCCGUGUAGCUCUAGUUAGGGAGUCGCAGUUGACACUUCGUGAUGAAGUGAAGCGUGAGGUUCCUUCUUCUUGGGACUCUGCUGCACUUGCUGGGUUCAUUGAAAAGUAUGGUACUCAUAUAGUUGCUGGAGUUGUUAUGGGAGGCAAAGAUGUUCUUUACACGAAGCAGCUGCGUAACUCGACUCAUGAUCCUGAUCAAGUCCAGCAACAGCUGAAGCAAUUGUGUAACAAAAGGUUUCGAGCUGAAAGUAUCUCUCCUGUUACUGGUAAUGACCCAGAGGAGCCUAUCCAGUUGGGGUUGCAUUCACAGUUUGGUUCCUCUCUUAGUCGUCCUGUUAUUGUGCACUCCAAGGACGAGGACAUCGUGAGCAUUUGUGUAAGAAGAGGAGGUGUUGAUAUGGGACAAAGUCAUGAUCGUUGGCUCUCAACCAUAUCACAAUCGCCCAACGCCAUAUCUAUGUGCUUUGUUCCCAUAACUUCACUCUUGAGUGGUCUCCCAGGAACAGGAUUUCUUACUCAUGCAAUGAACUUAUACCUUAGAUAUAAGCCACCAAUGGAAGAGUUACACCAGUUUCUUGAGUUUCAACUUCCGCGCCAAUGGGCUCCGGUGUAUGGAGAUCUCCCUCUUGGACUACGCUGCAGAAAACAAAGUUCCCCUUCACUUCAGUUCUCUUUGAUGGGUCCAAAACUAUAUGUCAGCACAACAAAGGUUGAUUCUGGUGAGCGACCAGUAACGGGACUACGUUUAUUCAUGGAGGGGAAGAAAGGUGAUCAUCUAGCAAUCCAUCUGCAGCACCUCUCUAUGAGUCCCCCAAGUCUCCACCUCUCACACGAUGACACCUAUGAACCCAUCGAUGAACCAUCAGAGAAGGGAUAUUAUGAAGCUGUGAAAUGGGGAAUAUUCUCACACGUAUGCACCUUCCCGGUUCAGUACAACGGAGCACGGUCUGAUGACGCAACCUCUAUUGUAACCAAAGCCUGGUUAGAAGUCAAAGGUAUUGGGAUGAGGAAAGUUCUGUUUUUAAGGCUCGGUUUCUCACUAGUUGCUUCAGCUAUUACACGUAAAUCUGUCUGGGAGAAUCUCUCAUCCGACGCACGCAAGUCUGGUAUUUUCUCGAUGAUUAGUACAAGACUAAGCGGGGGAUUAAGUUCAACCGCGACAACAACGGAGAAGCCAGUGUCUAAGAUUUAUAUAAACUCGGCGGUUUAUCCUAAAGGGCCAUCACCGCCUGUGAAACCGAAGCUUCUGAGUCUUGUUGACACGAAGGAGGUGGUGAGAGGUCCGGAAGUACCACCUGGAUAUUGGGUUGUAAGUGGGGCUAAGCUUUGUGUAGAGGGAGGCAAGAUCUCAAUCAAAGCUAAGUAUUCUCUGCUCACUGUUGUCUCGGAAGACUCGCUAGUCUGAGAGAUUCAUUCAGUUCCAAGGACAGGGAGGGAAACACAAGUUAGUUUGUCCUGUUGUAUUUUUUGCAGGUUUCAGUUUGUGAUUAGCUUUGAGGUGAUCUGAUUAGAUGUUUUUUUUUUGUGGUUGUGAAAAUAUUUAUUUAUAUGUUUAUGUAAAUGCAUAUUGGAAUUGCUCAAGUUACUUUUCUACAAUAUAGUAGUAAUACUUGUUUGUGUA